AUGUUCUCACAAUUCCUCCACUCCUUGUCGUCGAGUGUUGCUAGCUCGAUGGAUGAAAGCGGUUCUUCCUCUCGUAUCGCGGAGACAAGACAUCAGGACGGACAACAUCACGCUGAAGAGCUUCGGAGCGAUGAUGAGACCAAUCACACCAGAAAUAUUAGUAGAGAUAAUAACCAACAGCAAUCAGUGCCAUCUUCAUCGGAGACAAGACAACAUCAUCAUCAUGACCAAUUUCGUAAUUUACUAUUUGGUGGUGCUCGUAGAGGUGGACACGGAUUAUUAAUUGAAGACGAUGACGAAGAUGAAGAUGAUGAACAGAGGAGUCCAGUUGUAGCCUCAUCAUCAUCAACCUCUCAUAUACACCAACGAGACAAUACUACCACGGCUGAGGAAACAACAGCCUCUUCCUCAGACAACGCUAACAACCCUGUAGCAAACACUAACGACACGGAAAACAUUUCAACCACUGCAGCUGCUCAUUCGAGAGAUGAUCUUUUUCAUACUGCUGCAGCCAGAUUGGCACUUGGUAAUAGACUCUACCGAUUACGAGCUCGUGCCAGAAGAAAUAGAAGCCGUAAUUUUAGUGAAAUUAAUGGCUUCCAUAUUGCUAACGGAAGCAAAACACCAUUUUGGAAGAGUGGACUUGUAAAUUCAAUGUAUACUACUUAUUACUUAUUUUUGCAGAUUGCAUUAAUUCUAUUUAAAUUAGAGUCACGUUUUAUGUUUAACGCUCCUGCAUGGGUAUUUGGUUGGGUUUUGGUGAUCAUUCCAACCUAUGUCAUGUCACUUAUAUUUUUGGUCUCUCUUGCUUUCUGGGGUGUAAAAGAUUUGAUCAAAUGGAGAAGGCAUUACAGUCGACAAUAUAGAAGAUUUGAACGAUAUGCUUCACAACUUGAUGAAGCUAGUAGAGCUGUAGCAACAUUUAGAAAUACUGAUCCCCUGCGGUAUAGCUCAGUGAGAUCCAUUCAAAGAGAAAAACGAAAAGCUGUUGACAGAUUUGUUGGUUAUAGUGUCUUUGCCGGCAUCAUUGUUGGACUAGUGUGUGCUAUUUUAAUUUGCAUCAAGUUAGACUAUAUCGAUCAAUUUGCUUUGCCAUUCACCUCCAUUUUCAGUGUCAUUAUGGUAUAUUCAGUGUUGCAAUGCAUUGCAGCCUAUAUUUAUUUGGGAGUUAUUCAUGGAGCAGCUAAAAACAAGCUGCAAGUACUAUUAGAGAUGUUUGGAGUGGUAUUAUGCGUUGUUUGCUUCUUGAUUUUACUUGGAGUAAGAUUGGACAAAUACGUAUACUACAUGCCCUAUGCCUUUUCUUUGAUUCCACUAUUUUGUUUGAACACGGCGCUGUUACUUUAUAAUAUUAUUAGUGCUGUUCGAUCGUUUUCUCUUGCUCCAAACCCAAAUAAGAAUAAUAAUAUUAAGGAAGACAGUUUUAUGACACUUUCUGGACUUUUAAUUACCAUGUACAAUGGUAUGGAAAGAAAAAGAAAGGAAGAUAUCGGAGAACCCUUGCAUGAUGAGUCAGAAUUAUCUCUCACAGACGUUCAGAAAAAGCAACGUCUUAAAAAUAGAAUGGAUGCUAUUUUCGCUGCCAUGUGUAGCAUUCCUGUGAAUGUGUGUUUUGGCCUCAUUAGUUAUUAUGGAGAAGCAAACACGAUAGAGUGGCAUCACUAUCUUGGAAUUUUCAUUCCUUUGCUAGUUCCAAUAUUUUUACUUUGUAUUUGGACAACAUUUAGACAGAAAAUUAUUGAAAGAUAUUAUAGAGCUCAUUCAUCGUCAACUGCUACAAAUGAAACAGAAAUGCAAGACACCUCCGAGGAACCUACAAUGAGCGUUCGUGACAUUCUCAACAAUUCAGAAGCUAUGAGAGCACUCAGAAGCGGUGCAACCAAUACUCAAACAAAUCUCUCACCUCUCAUGAUUUUGUAUCUUCAUUCUCUCAUUCGUGAACAACAAGAACAAGAGCACACAGAUACCGAACAUCAAGAUACAGGAAGAAAUGCUGCACUAAUGCAAUUCCUUCAAGAAUUGAUGGAGGCACGAUCAAGACCUGUGUCACAGGGACUUACACGAGAGUAUCUUGCCACAUUGCCAACUCAUAUUUACAAACAGCAAGAGGGAGUUCAGCUCAACACGACAUGUCCAAUUUGUCUUUGCGACUAUGAGGAUGGUGAUGAGUUGAGAACUUUACCUUGCUUCCAUAUCUUCCAUAAGGAGUGUAUUGACAAUUGGUUACUACAAAAGAAGAUUUGUGCCAUUUGCAAGCAUGAAGUAGACUCAUACAAUGAACAAAGUUUCUACUACCAAGAUGAAGAUAAUGUUUGA